AUGAGGGCUGAAGGCUGGAGGAACCCACUGCUGCUACUGGUGGCCCUGGUCCUGGCAGCCAAGCUGGGCCAUUUCCAAAGGUGGGAGGGCUUUGUGGAGAAGCCCAUGAGCAAGGAAAACAUGAAUGGAACGCUCAAUUUCUUAAUUCAGAGCUACAACAAUGUCAGCAAUGACACCUACUUAUUUCGAGUCCACAAGCUACUUCGAACUCAGAUGCAGCUGACGACCGGAGUGGAGUAUAUGGUAACUGUGAAGAUCAGCAGGACCAAAUGCAAGAGGCAAAGCAUGGGAAAUCAUUCCUGUCCCUUUCAAAGCAAGAAAAAGCUAAAAAAGAGUUUCAUUUGUGAUUUUUUGGUAUACACUGUGCCCUGGAUGAACUAUUACCAGCUCUGGAACAAUUCCUGUCUUGAAGGCUAA